AUGCUUAGUGAGUGGUUUUGGUGGGAUCGUCUGUGGUUGCCUGUUAAUGUUACAUGGGCAGAUCUGCAAGAUCAAGAGGGGCGAGUCUACGCUCAUGUAUCUCACCUGUACAUGACCUUACCAGUAGCAGUAGUGCUACUGGGUCUCAGAGUUCUACAUAAUAAGCUGAUUGUUCCACCUAUUGCUGCAGCCCUGGGAGUCAAAGACAAAGUCCAGCCGAGAGCAUCACAUAAUCCUGUACUGGAACAGUACUAUUGCACAUGCUUGAAACAGCUCUCACAAGUUGAACUUAGAGGUCUCUGCAAGAAAGUGGGCUGGCCAGAGCGGCAGGUUGAAAACUGGUUUCGCAGAAGAAGAAACCAGGAUAGACCAGGAAUUCUGAAAAAGUUUAGUGAAGCCAGCUGGAGAUUUGUGUUUUACCUCUGUGCUUUCCUGGGAGGUCUGCUGGCUCUUUAUGAUAAACCCUGGUUUUAUGAUUUACGUGAAGUGUGGGCAGGAUUCCCAAAACAGACCCUGCUGGACUCACAGUAUUGGUAUUACAUAAUUGAAAUGAGUUUUUACAGCUCCCUCUUGUUCAGUGUGGCGGUGGAUGUUAAACGCAAGGAUUUCAAAGAGCAACUGGUACAUCACUGGGCGACCCUGACCCUGCUCUCAUUUUCCUGGUGUGCAAACUACAUCCGCAUCGGUACUCUAGUCAUGCUGGUGCAUGACACUGCUGAUGUUUUACUAGAGUCUGGGAAGGUGUUUAAUUAUGCGGGUUGGAAGCACACCUGUAACACUCUCUUUGUACUCUUUACCAUAGUCUUCAUGAUAACCAGGCUAGUGAUUUUCCCAUUCUGGUUGAUCCACUGUACGUGGGUUUAUCCUCUGGAAAGAUUUCAGCCAUUUUUGGGAUAUUAUUUUUUUAACAUCAUGCUGGUGGUCCUGCUGCUACUGCACAUAUUCUGGGCCUCUCUAAUCAUGCGCAUGGUUAUAAAGCUCAUCUUUGGAGAAAUGAAAGGUGAUGAAAGAAGUGAUGAAGAAGAGGAGGAAAGUGAAGAUGAAGUACAAAACCACAACCAUAAACACUAUGAUGGUUCUUCCAAUGGACUGUCAAAUGGUCACUGA